UUAAGAAAACCUUGAUUAGAUAUGGAUCAGAUGUCGUUCUUAUUCAUGUGCCCUCUAAAAAAUAUCUGACUACAGAAGGCGAAAAGCAUCCCGAAAUCAACCAAUCCAUAGUUGUAUGCGAUAAUCCAAGUGAAAAUUUUAAAAACGAAGUUUGGAGUGUUAUUGGAGCAGAUGGUUCGAACGUACGAGUAGGCGAUGUUGUGCCUUUUAAUGCUAUUAUUGAACUUAAGCAUAAAGAAACUGGAGAGAAUUUGUAUUCUCAUUAUGCAUGCACGGGAAUGAAAAAGGACGCUCGGAAGCCUGGAUUACAGCAAGCAACCCUUAGUUCAAGUAUAAAUGCUGACAAUGCAUGGCUCGUCAAACCUUAUAGCCCUGACUCGGUUAAUGAUGCUUCAGGAAAUCUAAUGAGUGGAGAUGUCAUAAGUCUUUUUCAUAUUAACAAUAGUAAGCCGGCACUUUGUAGCCAUGAUGUUCUGUUAGAUAACGGAACUCAAGAAGUGUUUUGUGAUGGAGGUGGAGACGAAGAAGACCACAAGGUUGUCGGCACUGAUCAGGAGAUGAAUUGUAAAAAUAAUUUAUGGAGGGUUAUGGGUGCUUACGAUACGAAUGUAAAAACAGGAGAUCCUUUAUUAUCCAAUACUAUUGUUAGAUUUAAGAACCUAGAAACAGCUGGAAAUCUGCAUUCGCACUCCAUUCUCAAUGGUAAAACCCCAAUAUCUAAUCAGCAGCAAGUAACCAUUUCCUUUUAUGCUCAUACCGAUGAUAAUUGGAUCAUCCGAAGUUACAAUCACACUCCUGUCUAUAAUUAUUCAAAAGUCAUAUCGGAUGGUGAUCCUAUCAGUCUUUCUCAUCUUUCAACAAAUGUAUCAAUUUCCAGUCAUGAUGUAUUAUUAGAUGAUCAAACUCAAGAGGUUUCUUGUAAUGGAUAUGGACACGAGGCAAAUAAUAAGGUAUAA